AUGCAAGCCUCUACAAACGUUCUUUUGGAAGGAAUUGUUGAGUGUAGUGUGAAUCCGGCCACGACAUUAUGGAAUUCGUUAUAUCCUCUUAUCAAAACCGAUUGUUACGAAGUAAAAGGAUCUGUCAGAAAUAUGCACUUUAAGUUGUUUUGUGCUACAUUAUCUGCUGAUCGACCUGCAAAACGGAGUUUCCUUGGAUUAAGAAGUCAUCAGUCGUCAAAGUCCUGCGCUUACUGUGUGUCUGACGGUACUUUUUUCAAACUCGGCGGGGAUUUUCGCGAAAAGCUUGGCAGGGAACAAACUUUCAAAGAUAGUCUAGAAGGUGUUAAUGGGUUCAAUGAUGUGGCUUCUCACUUCUUACAAUUGUUCCUCCCAUAUGAGACUCCGGUUGAUGUUCUCCACAAUUUCGCCGAAGGGAUUUUUGACAGAAUUCAUAAAGGUGCAGAAACUUAUCAUAUUUUAUGUUGUCAUAUUAUUCUAGAAUUGUUUCCAAAGCGAGGAUUUAUGUCUAAAUCGGAUUUAUUCUAUGUCAAUGAUCAAGAUGAAUUACUGGAAGAACUCGCUAAAGUUGUCGUCCCCUCAAGUUACCAGAAUAUAAGCAAAAGACGGAACGCAACAGAUAAGCUUAAUUAUUUUUGUCUGAUGCUCUGUUCUCUUGCUAUAGUUUCUGACCUAUUAUCACCAGAGGCUCGGAUUGUUUUAAUAGGAUUAUCACUUCUUGUGAACCGAAUCUACACUGGAGUGGAGGUCAGUGAGAUUUCGAAGAAGACGGUGUCAUCUCAUCGUAAUGCCGAGUCUCUAUCAGAAUCAGAUGACGAUUUUCACGAGCCCCUAAAAAAGAAAAUCAAAAAUGAGCCGCUAUCGACUGCGAGGAUUCCACAGGCACAUCUAUAUCAUAAAACUGAAAAGAAGAAUGGAAUCGUUUUUGAAACGGAAAUUGGAAAAGAUGCGGCGAUGGAUGAAUCUUUUAAACAUUCACAAUUUGAACCAUCUUACAUAAAAAAUAUGAAAAACGAGAAAACAAGGAGAGAAAGAGAACGACAUAACAGCUCUAUAAAAUCCGAUGCUAUCGAGUUUCCGGGAUCCCCGAGUUAUGAGGCGUCAACUAAUAAGAAAUGGAAUCCGAUUUCCUUUGGUCGAAUGUACAUGUAUGAUUCCAUACAAGGUGUACCUCUGUGCAAGGCUAAUAUCGAAGUAGCAACGAAAAAAUUAAUAAAGCACAAGAAGCCGUUCGAUUCUUCUGAAUUUCUAGAAAUAGCAUCAGAAUUUCACGGAAAUUCGCCUCUUCUGGAAAGUUUAUCCAUCGGACUCGCAGUAAUGACUGAAGCGUUCAACUCUGGAUGCAGCAACUCAAAUAAAAAUGCAGGGUCUUCAAGUUUGAAACCAUUCAUUAUCAGAAAUAUCGGAUUCAAUUUAACUAGUGCCAAAAGAAACGAAUCGCUCAUUUCACUUCCUUCUGGAUGCCAGUUCUACAUGUCUCAGGUUCUCAGCAAUUACGAAGCUAGCAAUUUUACAUCAUCAGAGUAUAAAACUCAUGGGAAAUCGAUCAUUCGACGAGUAUUCAGUGUUGUUUCUAAGAAAGACCCAUUCUUCCCAGCCUAUAGUGCCUCUGAAAAUAGCCAUGCGUAUUGUUCAUUGGGAUCCACUUUUUUCACAAAAGUUACAAAUUUCCUGAUCAACGGAUUCAAUCAAGAACAUAGUGAUGAAGUUGAGAUCUACACUAUCCGAAUGUGCAGAGACGCUGUAGGCAAUCUUAUAGAUCGGGUCCGGAGACAAUUCGUUGUUCUUCAUCCAGAGACCAAUGCCGAGCAGCUCGCAAUUGAGCUAAAGUCUUUGCUCGCAAAACACGGAAAUGUCCCAAAUACAAUCGAAUUCUAUCCGGAACAUGAUGAGUACGACCUAGCAUCGACGUCUUCUGGAAAUUAUUGA